GAGAAUGUGCGAACUCAAACCCUUGCCUGUCUCACGCCCCUUUUCCCUGUGCUGAACAGCAAUGUGUUUUCAAUCGAGCCUUGAAAUGAACUUUAACAGAAACCAAAGGACUUUUUAUGCUUUCUUGAGCUCUUGUUUCGAACCUCUUAGAGACAAAUGUGUUCUGUAUGCCGAAAUCUAACAAACAGGGUCUUUUCCCCCAGUUAUGGGGUGCAUGUUCUCAUUGCCACAGGACAGACUGGCAGCAGCAGAGAGAGCUCAACCCAUCCGUGAGACCAGCUUUAUUGAAAAACUGAAGAAAAAUAACCGAAACAUUGUGGUGUUUUACGGAUCCCAAACAGGGACGGCUGAGGAGUUUGCUAACAGACUGGCAAAAGAUGCCCUUCGCUAUGGAAUGAAAGGGAUGGCAGCUGACCCAGAGGAGUAUGACAUGUCCGAGCUGUCUAGAUUGAAAGAGAUUCCAAAUUCCUUGGCUGUAUUCUGUAUGGCAACCUAUGGCGAGGGAGACCCCACAGACAACGCCCAGGAGUUCCAUGACUGGAUGCAGGGCACUGAUGACAAUCUUGAGGGCGUCAAUUUUGCUGUGUUUGGUUUAGGAAAUAAAACAUAUGAGCACUUCAAUGCCACGGGCAAGUAUAUAGACAAUAGGCUUGCUGAACUUGGUGGGAAAAGGGUUUUUGACCUGGGACUUGGGGACAAUGACAACAACUUGGAGGAGGAUUUUAUCUCUUGGAAGGAACAGUUCUGGCCUGCAGUCUGUAAGUUCUUUGGCGUGGAGGACACAGGAGAAAACAGCAGCAUUCGGCAGUAUGAACUGGUGGUCCAUAAUGACAUCAAUAUGAAUCAAGUGUAUACCGGAGAGAUGGGGCAGCUCAAAAGCUUCCAGACACAGAAACCGCCUUUUGAUUCAAAGAAUCCUUUCCUCGCACCUGUGACUAUUAAUCGUAAGCUGAACAAAGAAGGAAGCCGUCACCUAAUGCACUUAGAAUUGGAUAUUUCUGACUCUAAAAUCAGAUAUGAUGCAGGAGACCAUGUUGCUGUUUACCCCACAAAUGAUGCAGCUGUGGUGAACAGAAUAGGAGACAGACUUGGAGUGGAUCUUGAUACUGUCAUCUCUCUCAAAAACCUGGAUGAGGAGUCCAAUAAAAAGCACCCAUUCCCAUGUCCAACUACAUACUGUACGGCACUGACCCAUUACCUCGACAUCAACAACCCGCCUCGCACAAAUGUGCUGUAUGAGUUGGCGCAGUACGCCUCUGAUCCCAAAGAACAGGAAAUCAUGCACAAGGUGGCCUCUGCCUCACUUGAAGGAAAGGCUCUGUACCAGAGCUGGGUUGUGGAUUCCGAAAGGAACAUCCUGGCUAUUCUAGAAGAUCUACCAUCACUGCACCCUCCUAUAGACCACCUGUGCGAACUUCUGCCUCGACUUCAGGCUCGAUACUAUUCCAUCGCCUCCUCCGCCAAGGUCCAUCCAACCUCUGUACACAUCUGUGCUGUGGUGGUCGAGUACACUACCAAGACAGAAAGAGUCUUCAAAGGUGUGGCUACCAACUGGCUCAAGAGCAAAAUUAUUACUUACAAUGGCCACAAUCCCACUGUUCCCAUGUAUGUUAGAAGAUCCCAAUUCCAUCUGCCCUUCAAUGCAAGUAAUCCUGUAGUUAUGAUUGGGUCUGGAACUGGCAUUGCCCCUUUCAUGGGCUUCAUCCAGGAGAGGGCAUUGCAGAAAGAACAAGGGAAGGAUGUUGGUGAGACUAUACUUUACUUUGGUUGUCGCCAUAGAAACGAUGACUUCCUGUACCAACAGGAACUGGAGGAUUAUGAGAGGGUGGGUGUGCUGACACAGCUUAAUGUUGCUUUUUCAAGAGACCAGGAACACAAGGUCUAUGUGCAACAUCUUCUAAAGAAAAACAAGGAGCACUUGUGGAAAUGUAUACACUCAAAUAAUGCCCACAUAUAUGUUUGCGGAGAUGCUCGUAACAUGGCUCGAGACAUCCAGGCGGCCUUCCAUGAGAUUGCCCAGGAGGUGGGCAGCCUGACACACACACAUGCUGUCGACUAUUUCAAGAAGCUGAUGACCAAGGGACGAUAUUCACAGGAUGUUUGGAGUUAAACCAACUGACAAACCCAGUACUUGCCACUAUACCUCAUAAGUUUUGUUUCCUUAAAUAGUAUAGCUAGAGCUAAACAGAGCUGAAUUUUUCUGUCUUAGCAUUCACCUGAAAUGACUGUUUUGUUUCUGAGAGGUUGUGAUGAAUUAAGGUGCUGCGGAAGACCAAAUCCUUCAGUAGUCAGAACCAUGACACAAAAUAGCAUUAGUUUAAAACAUUGUUCUCUGAAAUUUUGUAAUAUUUAUUAUCAUACUCUGAUUCACUCAGCUGAAAAUCAAAUUAGAUGUGUUUAAUUGUAUGCAAACUACCAGUACAACUAUAGUAAAUUUGUUUGGUUGCAUAUUAACCCUAAGCAGUCUUGGAUGUCCAUUUAUGAGGACAUGUAGGUCAAGGACAAACAUUGUUCCUUUGCUUCUUUUUUGAGUGAUGCCUAAUAAAGUAUGUUUGUGUACAUAUUCUGUUAUAUUUUUGUAUUGUUUUAUCCCUGUGUUAAAAGACUGCAAAUAUCACUUGUUGUGACAUAUUGUACUACACACACGAGGAUGAAGAUUUUUAGAUGAAUAUUUUCCCACAUUGUAAAUAAAAACUGGACAGGUUUUGCCACUAAUUGAAUGCACGUUUCAUAGAAACACUAUGGUGAGUAGCUAUGACUGAGCAAUUAUGCAAUCAACAUGACUUCCAUGGUUAGGAGGAGUGUCACUUAUUCCAUCAUAUUCAUUUUUAUUGUCAUUUAGCAAAGUUUUAAGCAAACUUGUCUGCUGUCAGAUCUCAAGUCCUGGAAAAAUGUGUUGAAUAGGAAUUUCCAUAACAUUUUAAAAGGUGCAUUUAUGAAGGAAAAAUAUGUUGUUUUAAUGCUGCAACAACAUUACAAUUCCUAGUGGUGUGUUAUUAUCCAAUUAAAUUUGUUGUUGUCACAGUGAUGUCAAUGUAUUCUCAAUCAUGCAAUGUUUAA